AUGUCAACCCAGAAAGCAAUUAUCGUCACUUCUCCUCACCAGGAGGGCCUCGUCACUGACCGGCCUAUUCCUAGUCUGCGAGACGACUAUGUGCUCAUCAAGACUGUCUGCGUCGCUUUGAACCCCACGGAUUGGAAGCACAUCAAAUUCCUCGCACCACCGGGUUGCCUGAUAGGAUGUGACUACUCUGGAACCGUUGAAGCCGUUGGCAAGAAUGUCACAAAGUUCAAAAAGGGCGAUCGGGUCUGCGGAUUUGUCCACGGUGGCAACGCCGUCCAGCCAGAAGAUGGAGCCUUUGCCGAGUACAUUGUGGCCAAGGCUGAUCUUCAGGGCCAUAUUCCGAAGGGGCUGAGCUUCCAAGAGGCCUCUACGCUUGGAGUCGGUAUUUACACGGUCGGCCAGGGCCUGUAUCAAAGCCUGCAGCUGGCUUGGCCCGACAAGCCCAUCGACACGGCCACGCCCAUCCUGAUUUAUGGAGGUUCCACCGCCACUGGCACCCUCGCCAUCCAGUUCGCCAAGCUGUCUGGUUACCAUGUCAUCACGACCUGCUCUCCGCGCAAUUUUGACUAUGUAAAGUCACUUGGAGCCCACCACGUUGUGGAUUAUAAUGCCCCCGAUGCUGCUGCCAGCAUUCGGGAAUACACCAAGGACUCUCUUCAGCUUGCCUUUGAUACCAUCUCCCUCGAAUCCAGUGCCAAGUUCUGCGAUGCUUCGCUUUCGACAAAGGGUGGCGACUAUAGUGCGCUACUUGCCGUCGGUAUCGACCGAGAGAACGUCAAGGACCGUUGGACAUUGGCGUACACCGUCGUGGGCGAGGAAUUCACCUUUGGCAAUCAGCCUUGGCCUGCAAAGCCUGAAGACAAGGAAUUUGCGGAAAAGUUCUGGCCUGUCGCCAGCAAGUUGCUGUCCGAGGGCAAAGUCAAGGUCCACAAUGUCAAGGUCAACCCAGGUGGUUUGAACGGGGUGCUAGAGGGCUUGGAGCUCAUGAGGCAAGACAAGGUUAGCGGCGAAAAGCUUGUAUACAAUAUCGCUGAGACUUCAUAA